GCCGUGCUAUAUCCAAGAAGACAAUUUAUACCAAUCUAUUGCGUUGAGCCGUUGAGGUAGGAGUAGAGUGCAAUUCUUUUCUAAGAGAAGUAGUAACAUAGAUAUACCUUGACGCACUCAGAUUCAACUCCCUAACCGUGCUUCCAAUUCCGAAAAAUGAGAGCAAUUAGUUCCAUUUUCCGUAGAAAAUCUCUAUCAACAUCGAUUCGAGCAAAUACAAUUGAGAGUAGAUGCUCAUUUUGCACUGACAAUUUUGAUGGAAUUAGUAGCUCAAAACUCAAGAUUUUCGAUCGUGAUCUCAAACGCAAACAGCGUGACCGAGCAGCAUGGUUGUCACGUUCAGAUGAUUCAUUUGUCAACUCGGUGGCAGAUAAUCUUCUGGAUCGACUAGAAGAUUGCAAGAAAGGAUUUCCCACAGCAUUAUGUCUUGGAGGUUCCCUAAAGGCGAUAAGGCAAUCGCUGCGUGGGCGGGGCGGCAUUGAAAAGCUCAUUAUGAUGGAUUCUUCCAUUGAUAUGGUCAAAUCAUGUAAAGAUGCUGAGAAGGAUAUGCCUGACCAAAAUGUUGAAACAUCUUUUGUCGUUGGUGAUGAAGAGUUUCUACCAGUUAAAGAAAGUUCAUUAGAUCUGGUCGUCAGCUGUUUAGGACUGCACUGGACAAAUGAUCUUCCUGGUGCCAUGAUACAGAGUAGAUUGGCAUUGAAGCCUGAUGGGCUCUUUUUAGCUGCUAUUCUUGGUGGAGAUUCAUUAAAAGAAUUGAGGAUAGCAUGUACUAUAGCACAAAUGGAACGUGAAGGUGGCAUUAGUCCGCGUCUAUCUCCUCUGGCACAGGUACGAGAUGCAGGAAACCUUUUGACAAGGUCAGGCUUUGCUCUUCCAGGAGUCGAUGUAGAUGAAUACACUGUUAAGUAUGAAAACGCUUUGCAGCUGAUUGAACAUCUUCGUGCAAUGGGUGAAACUAAUGCUCUUGUGCAGAGGAACAAUAUCUUAAAAAAAGAAACUGCACUGGCAACGGCCGCUGUCUAUCAAUCUAUGUUUGGAGCUGAAGACGGCACUGUUCCUGCAACAUUCCAGGUUAUAUUUAUGACGGGGUGGAGAGAGCACUCAUCUCAACAGAAGGCCAAAAGGAGGGGAUCCGCAACAGUAUCUUUUCAAGACAUUCAAAACAAAUUUGGGGAGUGAGGAUAAGUAGGCCGUGUUUCAACAUUUAGUUUUAGUGAUAAACUUUUUUAAUUUUAGUAAAAAAUAUUUCUUUAAAUCACUAAUAAUGUAUAAAGGUAAUUAUUUAACCUUUUAAAAUGUUUAUGUAUCGAAUGUUUUUUCUUAAUAUAAAUGUUAAAUCAAAACACAUUAAAAGUUAUAAAAGAUUGAGUAAAAGUUAUCUUGA